AUGACGAUUUUGACGAGUAUCUCGACCACGGGCUUUGCGCUGUUCAGCUUGAAAGGCAUUUUCAAUGCGUUCGAAGUGGUUUUGGCUUCAGCUAUCAUCUACGCUAUCGGCUCAGUAAUAUACAACAUCUUCUUCCAUCCUCUAAGGCACAUACCUGGUCCUCUCUUCGCACGCUCUACCGGUCUAUGUUUCGCCCUACACAUCCGUGAUGGUAGUGUGGUCAAAUGGAUCAAAGAAUGUCACGACAAGUACGGUGAUGCAGUCCGUCUAGAACCGAAUGAAGUCAGUUUCAUCUCGGGAGAGACCGCGUGGCAGGAUAUCUACGGCCACAAACAAGUAAGGAACAAGAAUGCCGAGAAUUUCGUCAAAGAUCUGAAGUGGUUCCCCCGGCCUGUCAAUGGCGUUCUGUCACUUCUCAUAGCAGACGAAGAGGGACAUCCGCGGCAACGCCGCAACCUCUCCCACGCCUUCAGCGACAAGGCUCUACGAGGACAAGAAAGCCUCAUACAGUCUUAUGUCGAUCUUCUCGUUCGGCGUUUGGGCGAACACGCUGCCGAGGAUGAAGACAUUGAUAUGAGGACAUGGUACAACUUCACGACCUUUGACAUCAUAUCCGACCUCACAUUCGGCGAACCUCUCUACUGCCUCCGCGAUUCCAGAGAACAUCACUGGAUAUUCAUCACCCUCCGCAGCCUCCAAGCCAUCGCCCUCCACGUCUCCAGAGGCAAACACUUCGUAUUCCGGUACCUCGACUUCGUGCGAAGUCUCUUCACCGAUAAUACAGGCCCCAUGCGCGCCCGCUACGAAUUUGCGAAACGGGCCCACGACAUGGUAAGCAAGCGACUUGAAAAGAUCCAAAGCGGAGAAGACACGCGCCCGGAUUUCUUCACACACAUCAUCAAAAACCAAGACAAAGAAAACACACGCUUGACCCGCGCGGAAAUGGAUAGUAACGCUGUGGCUUUUCUCAUCGCAGGCAGCGAAACGAGUGCGACGGCUCUGGCGGGAGCAACGUACCUCCUCCUCCGCAACCCACAGCCCUAUAAGAAACUCGUAACCGAAAUUCGGUCGCGCUUCUCCUCUGCGGAUCAGAUCACCGUGGAUGAAGUCAAUAAACUGGACUAUCUAAUUGCUGUCUUCCAGGAAGCGCUCAGAUACUACCCGCCUGCUGCUACGGGCCUCGCUCGUGUGGUACCAGCUGGCGGUGAUCGGGUCUCGGGCUACUACGUCCCUGGCGGGGCAUCGGUAUAUGUUUCCAUGCAUGCCAUGGGCCAUUCUGAGAGGAACUAUAGGGAUCCGGACGCUUUUGUGCCAGAGCGCUGGUUGGGGGAUGAGCGGUACAAGGAUGAUAAGAGGGCGGCGCAUCAGCCGUUUAGCUUUGGGCCGAGGAAUUGUAUUGGGAAGACUCUUGCACAUGCGGAAACGCGCCUCAUUCUCACCAAGGUACUCUUCGCUUAUGAUUUGGAACUUGUGGAUAAGGAAACAAAUUGGAUGGACCAGAAGGUUUUUGCGCUUUGGGAUAAAGGGCCUAUGAUGGUCAAGGUGAAGCCUGCACAGCAGCCGUGA